AUGGAUUCGGGUGCAUCCAACAACUUCUUUCGAGCAUCAUGUUUGUCCCUUCUCCCGUCGACAGUUACGGUUCGAGAAGGUCCAGGUGACAUCGUUGUCAAACUUGCUGAUGGACAACCACAGCGUGUCCCGCGUAAAACAGUGGUUUUGCCGUACACGUUCGACGGCUUCCAAAGUAAUGACGAAUUUUUGGUGUACGAGAUGAAUUAUGCAUUCGAUUGCAUCUUGGGGAUACCGUGGCUGUCACGAUAUCAGCCGACGAUAGACUGGCUAUCUCGGUCCGUCAAACGACGAAGCGGUUACGACGUAAGUGAAGUUUUCACUCAUCUGUUGGUAGCGCCAUCCGAUUGGCCUCACGUCAGGGUCGUGAACGAACUCGCCACGACUAGAAGUCAGCACAGAGAGAGCGAUGGCCCUCUGUGUCCGGUAUGUUCAGUCACACUGAUAGAACCACAACACGAGGCGGUCGAACAGAGGUUCCCGCAAACCCAGACAUCGGUCGAGCAGGGGCUCCCGAUUCACAACGAGACGGUCGAACAGAGGUUCCCGCAAACACAGACAUCGGUCGAGCAGAAGCUCCCGAUUCACAACGAGGCGGUCGAACAGGGGUUCCCGCACACACGGACAUCGGUCGAGCAGGGGCUCCCGAUUCACAACGAGGCGGUCGAACAGGGGUUCCCGCACACACGGACUUCGGUCGAGCAGGGGUUCCCGAGUUCUAGCGAGGCGGUCGAGCAGGGGCUCCCGCAUACACACACAACGGCCGAGCAGAGGCUCCCGAUUGUAACCGAGACAGAGCUCCCACGUCUAGCGGGGGGUACUUCAUCCUCCAGCGACAGCGACGUUCCAGCCUCGAGCAGUGGCUCAAGACGCAAGAGAAAGCGUAAACGCAAGAAAGGUGCACGCCGAUCACCAAGACGACGAAAUUCUCGCUCAAGCGCCGUUGACGACGAUACUGUAUUGACGGAAUCCGUUUGUGCGCUUGAAUAUGUGGAAGGGUCUUCACAUCGUGGCCGCUACGUUGAGGUAGCGAGCCCUCCGUGCACUGUUGCAGAGAUCACAUCUCUAUUAACCCUACCAUGGAAAGAUUUUCUUUACGACCUCAAGGCCGGCGACAUCGAGCAAGUGUGCAUCAUAUCAGCCGCCGAAGCAGCUAGUGGAGAAGUUCUGGAGGCUCGCCCAAAGAGCGCUGAGCCCAAAUCAGCGCGCGAAGAACGUUUCGUGGCACAGUCUUGGGAAGCCCUUCGUGCUUCGGGCAACCCUGUCUAUGAUAUCGCGCGUGAGUAUGCCGACAUCUUUCCGGAGAAUAUCCCCGCUGAGCUUCCAGCGGAUCGUGGUGUGCGACACGAGAUCGAUCUCGUGCCAGGAUCGAAGUAUUGCGUGACGCGGCAGUGGCCGCUACCGCGUGACCAAGUCAUCGCAAUUGAUGAAUUUUUUGAGGGCCGCCGUAAGGCAGGACACGUCCGCGAAAGCAUAUCGCCACAUUCGAGUCCGGCUUUCUGUGUGAAGAAAGCCACCGGCGGUUGGCGCAUCGUGCAUGCUUUUAACAAGUUGAAUGACGCCACGAUCCCGGCUCAAACACCAAUUCCUCGGAAAGACAUGGUACUGGAUACCAUGUCCGGCAGCGAGAUUUUUAGCGCCAUAGACCUGACAGACGGGUUUUACCAGAUUUUAAUGAGGGACAGUGAUAUCCCGUUCACCGCUGUCAGCACACCGAGUGGGAUGCUUUGGGAGUGGCUAGUCAUGCCACAAGGCCUUAAAACGCUGCAGCAACGUUCAACCGGAUGCCGCGCUGAGCAACAACUCAGCGCUACGGAGGUCCACCUUCGGCAUUUGAAACAGGUGUUCCAAGUGAUGCGCGAGAACAAACUGUACGCAAAUUUGAAGAAGUGUGUCUUCUGUGCUCCCGAGAUUCCAGUUCUUGGAUGCUAUGUUAGCAAGGAAGGUGUCCAUGCUGAACCCGAGAAAGUGUCAUCGAUAUGUUCAUGGCCUACGCCCAGGAACCAAACGGAACUACGCCAAUGGCUUGGCUUGGCCAAUUACUUGCAUAAGUAUACGAAGAACUAUGCAGAACUAAUCCAGCCACUAUCGACUCUACUGAAGAAAGACGCAGUUUGGUCAUGGAAAGCUGAACAUCACUCUGCCUUCAACUCUGUGAAAAAGAGCUUGUCUGAAGCACCAGUGCUGAUGUUGCCUGAUGAUUCCAAGCCAUUUCACGUCGUCUGUGAUGCGAGUAAUUUCGCUAUUGGAUGUGCCCUCAUGCAGUUUGACGAUGAGGGCCGAGAGCGCGUCGUGAGCUUUCAGUCACGACAGAUGAAACCCGCAGAGCGGAACUAUCCGGUACAUGACAAGGAACUUUUGGCUAUGCGUUACGCGCUGAUCAAGUUCAGAGUAUAUUUGCUCGGCGAGAAGAUGUUUUCGGUCUAUACAGAUCACGCAUCAUUGCGUACCGCCGUCAAGACUCCCCACUUGUCCCAGCGUAUGGCACGUUGGUUGUCAUACUUCUCAGAGUAUAAUUUCGUGGUCUUUUACAAACCCGGCAAGAACAACAUUCUUGCUGACGCGCUUUCUCGACGUCCCGAUUAUGAUCCUCGACGUGACAUGGGUCAUCAGCCAGGCAUUGCUGAAGACGAGGACGACGACAUUUGUUUAUGCUGUGCUGAGCAGGGGCUCAAUGCAAUGAUUUUGACACCUGAGCUGUCAAUCCGGACUCAAAUCGCUGAGUCAUAUGCGAACGAUUCAUUCUACACGGGAAUCAUCAAUUACCUUCGACACCCUAGUGAGGGUUCACUCGCGAAGUUGACGAAACCAACGCGUGACAACAUCAAGCGGUACGCGCUUGAUGGUCCGCUGCUGACUUAUACAAUGGACGUUUUCGACCCACCGCGCGUCGUCAUCCCUGCUGAUGACGACCUCCGCGCACGAUUGGUGCAUGAAUUUCAUGACACUCCAACUGGUGGUCAUUUGGGUCGCGAGAAGACGUUCGCGGCCAUCUCUCGUGUGUUUUUCUGGCCGCGUAUGUACAAAUACAUCCAGAAAUGGGUACGCUCUUGUGAAAUAAGCCAGCGUGUGAAGCCUGCGCCGUCUUCACAAGCUCCAUUGCGUCCGCUUCCGAUUGCCACGGAAGCCUGGCGUUCUGUCAGCAUGGAUUUCAUCUUUGGUCUCCCUCCGGACGAACAGAAACGCACGGGCGUAUUGGUUUUUGUGGAUCGAUUUAGCAAAAUGGUGCAUUUUGCUCCAGUCUCCGCGCACGUUACGGCGGAGACGACCGCGCAGAUCUUCAUCGAUCUCAUAUUUCGACAUCACGGCUUGCCUGAACAAUUGUUUCGGACCGCGACCCGCGCUUUACAUCAGCUUUUUGGGCAACGUUGUUUCGACUAUUGGGCACGCGACUGCUUAUGUCUACGGCAGCCCAUCCAGAGACGGAUGGGCAAACGGAGCGCGUGA